AUGGAGGUCGAGCUCACCAACCCGCGCGUGCCCGCCGCCGGCAGCGGCAACGGCGCCGCGCCUAUCCUGAACCGCCAGUCGCGCCACCUGACGCAGAACCCGGAGCGCGGCGGUGCCCAGGCCAUGCUGCACGCCGCCGGCCUCACGGUCGCCGACCUCGACAAGGCGCAGGUGGGCAUCAGUGCCGUGUGGUGGGAGGGCAACCCGUGCAACUCGCAUCUGCGCGAACUGGCCGACUGGGUCAAGGAGAGCUGCACUAAGGAGGGCCUUGUGGGUCUGCAGUUCAACACCAUUGGCAUCUCCGACGCCAUCACGAUGGGCACAGCCGGCAUGCGCUACUCGCUACCCUCGCGCGAGAUCAUUGCCGACUCGAUCGAGAGCGUCAUGCUGGGCCAGUACUACGACGGCAACAUCUCCGUCGUCGGCUGCGACAAGAAUCCGCCGGGCGCGCUCAUUGCUGCCAUGCGACACAACCGGCCAACUCUGCUCGUCUGGGGCGGCACCAUCGCUCCGGGCACGUUGCGCAUCGACAUUCCCUCGCUGGGCCGCAAGAAGGGCGACGACAUCCAGAUUUCCGACACCUUCGAAGCGGCAGGCGCGUUCGCCGUUGGCCGCAUCAACGACGAGGAGCGGGCUGCGAUUGUGCGGGAAAGCUGCCCUGGGCCAGGAGCUUGCGGCGGCAUCUACACGGCGAACUCCUUUGCGACGUUCAUGGAGACGACGGGCAUGAUCCUGCCUGGAACGGCAGCGACACCAGCCACGCACCCAGCAAAGCGAGCCGAGUGCCUGCGGACCGGCGCGGCCAUGCGCAACCUCCUUGCGCUGGACCUCAAGCCGCGAGACAUUCUGACGCGUCAGGCCUUCCUCAAUGGCCUCGUGAUGAACACCAUCAUUGGUGGCUCGACGAACCUCGUGCUCCACCUGCUCGCCAUCGCCAAGGCGGGCGAUGUUCAGCUCAGCAUCGACGACUUCCAGACCAUCACUGAGAAGACGUCGUUUCUGGCGGACAUGAAGCCCUCAGGGCGCUAUGUGAUGACCGACCUGUUCAACAUCGGCGGCAUAGCGCCGCUGAUGAAGUACGUCGGCGAGUCACGGCCAGACCUGCUCAACCUCGACGUCUUGACGUGCACCGGACGGACGUUGCGCGAGAACCUCGCCAAUGUUCCCUCGCUCACGUUCGACCACCAAGACGUGAUCCGGCCGCUCGAGAAUCCCAUCAAGGAGACUGGACACAUUCAUAUCAUGCGCGGCAACCUGUGCCCCGGCUCAGCGGUCGCCAAGCUGACGGGCAAGGAGGGUCUGGAGUUCACGGGCACGGCCAAGUGCUUCGACCAGGAGCAAGGCAUUGUCGAGGCUAUUCGUGCCGGCGCGAUCGGGCCCGGCAACGUGCUCGUCAUCCGCUACCAGGGUCCGCGAGGCGCGCCGGGCAUGCCCGAGCAGCUUGAGAGCACAGCGGCGGUGAUGGGCGCCGGUCUCGGCAAGACGACAGCUCUGAUCACCGACGGCCGCUUCAGCGGUGCCUCGCACGGCUUCUGCGUUGGGCAUGUCGUGCCGGAGGCGAUCAACGGCGGGCCUAUCGCGCUCGUAGAGGACGGCGACAAGAUCUCCAUCGACGCCAAGACGCUCACCAUUACGCUGCACGUCGACGACGAGGAGCUGAAGCGCCGCUUUGCCAAGUGGGACGCGGACCCGUCGAAGAAGGAACUCAAGGUGAAGCGUGGCACGCUGUACAAGUACGCACACACCGUCGCCGAUGCGUCGCAGGGCGCCGUGACGGACUUCUUCUAG